AUGGUCAUCGCAGGUUUCGCCGCCCAUACGGAUCUGAACAGGGCGCACGAAGUUGCGAACGAUGUUAGAAGAAUCUCGAAACAACUCAAAGAAUGUCAGACUUUAGCUUCAACGUAUAAUAACAGGGAAAGAUUGUUUGGUUUACCUGUGACCUCAGUAAGUAUGACUUGUUCGUUAUAUUAUUAGCUCGUGAGAGAAAUUUACUAGUGAUACUAUAGUUAGUUUAGCACUAGAUCAAUAAGAGAUGAUUCUUACUGGACCUCUGGGGAGAACAGUUUAGAACUGAUAGAGCUAUCCAGUAUAAAUAAAGUUAGUUUAGUUUAGGUUUCCUCCUGUAGUAACACUGGAUCAAUAAGAGAUGAUUCUUACUGGACCUCUGAGGAGAACAGUUUACAACUGAUAGAGCUAUCCAGUAUUAGUAAGCUAGUUUAGUUUAGAUUUCCUCCUGUAGUAACACUGGAUCAAUAAGAGAUGAUCCUUACUGGAUCUCUAGGAAGAACAGUUUAGAACAGAUAAAGCUAUCCAGUAUAAAUUAAGAUAGUUUAGUUUAGGUUUCCUCCUGUAGUAACACUGGAUCAAUAAGAGAUGAUUCUUACUGGACCUCUAGGAAGAACAAUUAAGAACUGAUAGAGCUAUCCAGUAUAGAUAAAGUUAGUUUAGUUUAGGUUUCCUCCUGUAGUAACACUGGAUCAAUAAGAGAUGAUCCUUACUGGAUCUCUAGGAAGAACAGUUUAGAACAGAUAAAGCAGCUAUCCAGUAUAAAUUAAGAUAGUUUAGUUUAGGUUUCCUCCUGUAGUAACACUGGAUCAAUAAGAGAUGAUUCUUACUGGACCUCUAGGAAGAACAAUUUAGAACUGAUAGAGCUAUCCAGUAUAGAUAAAGUUAGUUUAGUUUAGGUUCCCUCCUGUAGUAACACUGGAUCAAUAAGAGAUGAUCCUUACUGGACCUCUAGGAAGAACAAUUUAGAACUGAUAGAGCUAUCCAGUAUAGAUAAAGUUAGUUUAGUUUAGGUUUCCUCCUGUAGUAGCACUGGAUCAAUAAGAGAUGAUCCUUACUGAACCUUUAGGGUGAACAGUUUAAUAGAACUAUCGCGAUAAAGCUGGUCUAAUUAUUCAAAUAUAUAUUCAAUUUCUAGUACGACAAACUUGGCAAGCUUCUGAAAGACUUCGAACCGUACAAGAACUUAUGGCUAACGACAUCUGACUGGUUAAAAUGGCACGAUUCCUGGAUGAACGAUCCUCUGACGACCAUCGACGCCGAGCAACUGGAAAGCAACGUCAGCAACUCAUUCAAGACGAUGCAUAAAUGCGGCCGGCAUUUUCAAGAGGUUCCCAGCGUUCAGAACGUUGCGAAUGAGAUUAAGGGAUGGAUCGAGGAUUUUAAACCCUUUAUCCCUUUAAUCCAAGGGCUACGAAAUCCCGGAAUGAGGAGCCGCCAUUGGGAUCAGGUGAGUAAGGGAUGGGUGGGUGGGGAGAAGUUUGGUAUUUGUUAAAGAAUUAGUGUUAAGGUUGUACAUUCCAGGGAGGAGAGGGUGGGGAAGCAUUUGUGUUAUUAUAGAUUACUUAUUGUAGAAUACUACCUACACUGGACCACCAUGUUUGAGAUAUCUUCUUCAGGUAGUUCAGACACAAACCACGGCAGGUUAUUGUAGAAUACUACCCACACUGGACCAGCACGUUUGAGAUAUCUUUUUCAGGUAGUUCAGACACAAACCAAGACAGCUUAUUGUAGAAUACUACCUACACUGGUCCACCACGUUUGAGAUAUUUUUGUAAUGUAGUUCAGACACAAACCACGGCAGGUUAUUGUAGAAUACUACCCACACUGGACCAGCACGUUUGAGAUAUCUUUUUCAGGUAGUUCAAACACAAACCACGGCAGGUUAUUGUAGAAUACUACCCACACUGGAACAGGACGUUUGAGAUAUCUUUUUCAGGUAGUUCAGACACAAACUACGACAGCUUAUUGUAGAAUACUACCUACACUGGUCCACCACGUUUGAGAUAUUUUUGUAAUGUAGUUCAGACACAAACCACGGCAGGUUAUUGUAGAAUACUACCCACACUGGACCACCAGGUUUGAGAUAUCUUCUUCAGGUAAUUCAGACACAAACCACGGCAGGUUAUUGUAGAAUACUACCCACACUGGACCAGCACGUUUGAGAUAUCUUUUUCAGGUAGUUCAGACACAAACCACGGCAGGUUAUUGUAGAAUACUAUCCACACUGGAACAGCACGUUUGAGAUAUCUUUUUCAGGUAGUUCAGACACAAACUACGACAGCUUAUUGUAGAAUACUACCUACACUGGUCCACCACGUUUGAGAUAUUUUUGUAAUGUAGUUCAGACACAAAACACGACAGCUUAUUGUAGAAUACUACCUACACUGGACCACUACGUUUGAGAUAUCUUUUUCAGGUAGUUCAGACACAAACCACGGCAGCUUAAUGUAUUUGUUCGACUUGUCAUAUCUUACAAAAUUAUAUUUAUUUUCAGCUUUCAAAAGAUCUUGGCUUUAAACUUGUUGCAAAUCAAAAUCUGAACUUUGCAAAAUGUCUUGAACUGAAGCUUCAGGAUCAUAUUGGUGUGAUUGCUAAAGUUGCUGAGAUCGCUGGCAAGGAAUAUUCUAUUGAGCAGGUAAUGAAAGUUUAUCAUUUAUCGGUUUCACUGGAUGGCAUGGAGAACAGUAGGAUUUUCAAAACAAUUAAGAGACAAUGGAACAUUCUGAUCACUGGAUUGUGACUGCUACAGAGAAACAGUUGUCGAGCUCUAAACACAAGUUCUUGUAUACUGGGUUUGUACAAAACUUGAAAGUCCUUGAAUGUCCUUGAAUUUGAAAACAGAAAAUUCAAGACCUUGAACAUCCUUGAAUUUGUAAAGAAGUACUUGAAAGUCCUAAAAUUCUUCUUGCUUUAGUUUAUGGAUAUUUUCUGAAAUUGUUUGACAUUCAAAAACGGACAUUUUGUUGAACUGGUUUUGCAUGUUCAUAUCUGACAAAGCUGUUUCAAAUUCAUUAAUGUUGCGCCCUUUUUGAACAAUCCAACGUCACAUUUUACUGAUUUCUAAUGCCUCUUCAGUAUUUACGCCCGUAUUCUACAAGCUCACUCACACUCAAUGAGUGGAAGUUCAAUUUGAGUUUCUCUUGAGUGUCAUAAAUAGCUGGAGGGUGAGUAGACACAUAGUAAGGUACGACACUCACCCGCCAGCUAUUCAAAUACGGCAAUGAAACUCGAGAGAAGCUCAGAUUGCGGUGCCCGUGCCAUUUUUGGCACCGCAUUAUAUUCUGCCUGUGAGUUUGUCCGUUUGUUUGUUUGUUUGUUAGUUUGUUAGUUUGUUAGUUUGUUCGCAUCAAUACGUUUCCUUGAUCGCCUAGCAAAAAUUCCUUGCACGUGCUCGGAAUUUAUUAAUUAUUAUUAAUCGUGUACUCUCAUGAUGAUCGACUGUUUGCUCAGCUUUAUCUCUGGUUUUAUGCAUCAAACAAGGACAAAAAUACCACUGUUCGAAUCAGCGUGAAAAUUUGUGUUUACGGAUGGAAAAUUGAUUUCAAAAUUGACUUCUAUUCUAGCGAUUUGUCGCCUUUGAAAGACAAAAGCCGCUCAAAAUAAUCCUUCACGUUUUCCGAAUUCCUUUUUACGAGGAAAGUUUUCUUUCCAAUUAAUCUCGAACUUUCACGAUUGACUUUUUGCUGCGACUUAUCUCUCUGGUUUUAUGCGCCCAAUAAGGACAAAAAUACCAUCGUUCGAUUCAGUGUAAGAAAUUAUACUCACAGAAGUCAAAUGUAUUACUAAACUACAGUAUUCUAGCGAUUUAUAGCCUUUGAAAGACAAGCGAAAUUGUAUUGUUCACAAAUCGCUCAAAAUUAUUAAACUAAUUAAAAAUGCAAUGCAUUUGACCUUGAUAACUUUCGUAUUGUUGGUUUUCUCUUUUUCGUCCGUAUACCAGUCGAUUUGUCUCAUUUUUCUCUUUAUUUUGUUUGUAGUUUGAGCCCAAAAUAUUAUAUUUUGAAGGUUUUAAUGUGCAGUUUUAAUAAGCGAAAUUGUAUUGUUUACAAAUCGCUCAAAAUUAUUAAACUAAUUAAAAAUGCAGUCCGUUUGAUCCUUGAUAACUUCGGAAUUGUUGGUUUUCUCGUUUUCGGCCGUAUGCCAGUAGAUUCGUCUCACUUUUCUCCUCAUUUUGAUAGUAUUUUGAGCCCAAAAUAUUUUAUUUUGAAGGCUUUAAAACGCAGUUUUGAUCCUAACGUACGGACCAACUGGUGGCCGACAGGAGAAUGUAUAGCGUGCUAAAUAUAACUUUACGCUGAAAGUUUUAUUUGUAGGCGGGCACCGCAUUUUAGUACUGUGUCUGGUUGAACUUCCACUCAUUGAGUGUGAGUGAGCUUUUAGAAUACGGGCGUUGGUCCUUGAAAUUGCUGAUACCUUGAAUGUCCUUAAAAAUCUUUCAAUUUGGCUCUUCCUGACAUGUAUGAACCCUAAUAGUGGGUGAUGCUAUAGUAUAAGGUAUGGGUAAAUAUUCCAUCUUUACACAAACCCUACAGUAACCUCUGUUUCGCUUCUCGUGUUAUCUAGGCUUUGGACAAAAUGGAAGGUGAAUGGGCGCCGAUGAUUAUGGAAGUGUUGGCGUACAAGGAAACAGGAACAUACAUUAUAAAAGUCAGCGAUGACUGCAGCCAACUCCUGGACGAUCACAUUGUGAUGACGCAGAGUAUGUCGUUCUCACCGUACAAAAAACCUUUCGAAGAUCGCAUCAACACAUGGGAGGGAAAGUUAGUGAUGACCCAAGAUGUGUUAGACGAGUGGAUGAACUGUCAGCGAGCGUGGUUGUAUUUGGAGCCGAUCUUUAGCAGUGAGGAUAUCAACAGACAGUUGCCUAUUGAGUCGAAGAGGUACCAGACCAUGGAACGCAUUUGGAGGAAAGUUAUGAAUAAUGCGCAUGGCAAUCCUCAGGUAAGCGGAAAUAAAUUAGUUUUGUCAAGGUUUGUUCACCUACUGCAUGGACAACUAGAGAGAACAGUUUAGAAUUGAUAGAGUUAUCCAGUGUAAAUAAAGUUAGUUUAGUUUCGGUUUUCUCCUGUAGUAACAGUGGAUCAAUAAGAGAUGAUCCUUACUAGACUUCUAGGGAGAAGAGUUUGGAACUGAUAGAGCUAUCCAGUAUAAAUAAAGUUAGUUUAGUUUAGGUUUCCUCCUGUAGUAACACUGGAUCAAUAAGAGAUGAUCCUUACUAGACCUCUAGAGAGAACAGUUUAGAACUGCUAGAGCUAUCCAAUAUAAAUAAAGUUAGUUUAGUUUAGGUUUCCUCCUGUAGUAACACUGGAUCAAUAAGAGAUAAUCUUUACUGGACCUCUAGGGAGAACUGUUUAGAACUGAAAGAGAUUAUACGGUAUAGAUAAAGUUAGUUUAGGUUUCUUCCUGUAGUAACACUGGAUCAAUAAGAGAUGAUCCUUACUGGACCUCUAGGGAGAACAGUUUAGAACUGAAAGAGAUAUACAAUAUAAAUUAAUUUUAGUUAGUUUACUUUAUUUCAUACAUCGCUUCGUUUUUCAGGUGAUAUCUCUGUGUCCUGAUGCUCGUUUGCUUGAUUGCCUCAAAGAAUGUAACAAAUUACUGGAACAG